AUGGAUCCAGCCAGCCGGUACCACGUGCUGCACAAUGAGGACGACUCCUCCGAGGCCCAGCCCAGCACCUCAGGCCCCUCCAGCACCUCGGCCCCCCCUCAGCAGCAGCAGCACGUGAACCCGGGCUUCGAGGGCGCCGUGGGGGAGGAGCCUGGGCCCAGUGCACAGCUUGAUGCUCCCCCUCCCCCCUACGCCACCAUCAACCUGGGGGCCACUGCCGCAGAGCCAGAGUCCAGUUUCCACGGCGACUUCCCGGUGCCGCCGCCCUACAGCGUGGCCACGUCGCUGCCCACCUACGACGAGGCGGAGAAGGCCAAAGCCGCCGCCAUGGCUGCCUCUGCCGUGGACGUGCUUCCCAGGGACGAUGACUUUCCGCCCAGAGACGACUUCAGCGACGCCGACCAGCUCCGCGUGGGCAACGACGGGAUCUUCAUGCUGGCCUUCUUCAUGGCCUUCCUCUUCAACUGGAUCGGCUUCUGUCUGUCCUUCUGUCUGACCAACACCAUCGCCGGACGCUACGGAGCCAUCUGCGGCUUCGGACUCUCCCUCAUCAAAUGGAUCCUCAUCGUCCGGUUCUCAGAUUACUUCUACGGAUACUUCAACGGACAGUACUGGCUCUGGUGGAUAUUCCUGCUGCUCGAACAUGGCGACCUCGCACAGAACACGCCUCUUCUUCCUUUAUUGACACAGUUCCUGCUCCAUUCCCCCCUGACCUCUGACCUCCCGCCCCGACGUGAAAUGAAACCCCGGCACGACGCGACUUUGACUCGAGCCAAAAACCCCCGGUUGUGUUUUGAAGUUCCCCGUAACGAUCUGACGUGUUGCUGA